AUGAAGACUCAGACCGCUCUCGUUGGUGACUCGGAAGGCAAUAUUAUCCUCAGCCACUCCGCGCCGGUCCCUGAGCUCGAGGAUGACCGUGUUUUUGUCGAAGUCAAAGCAGUCGCCCUCAACCCCGUCGACACCAAAAUGGUGGGCGCUUACCACACACCGGGUGCCAUCUCGGGAUGUGACUUUGCUGGAGUGGUCACCGCCGUUGGGUCGACUGCUGCCGCUGUCGGUCACAUCCAGGUUGGCGAUCGUGUAGCUGGCGCCGUCUCCGGCUUGAACCCCCUCCGCCCAGAUGUCGGUGCCUUUGCGAAUUACUGUACGACGCCUUACUGGGCCUGCCUCAAGCUGCCACCGGCCUGGAGCAUUGCAGACGGAGCCAGCCUCGGCAUGACCUGGACGACUGUUUGGAACGCGCUCUUCCGAAGUUUGGGCCUACCCUUUCCCGGCGUCGGGGAAGUCGAAGUCGAAGUGCAAUCGCAAUCGCAAUCGCAACCUGGGCGCAGCAAUAAUGCCAGCAGGAAAGUCACGACGGUCCUCGUCAACGGAGGCUCAAGCUCGGCGGGCACCUGCGCUCUGCAGCUUCUCAAGCUGGCGGGCUAUCAAACGGUCGCGACAUGCUCGCCGCGCAACUUUGAGCUGGCACGCUCCUUCGGCGCCGACUAUGUUUUCGAUUACAAUUCCCCAAGCUGUGCGGAUGACAUCCGCGCUCUCACGCGCAACUCUCUGCGCCAUGCCCUCGACUGCAUCGCCAGGACAGACAGCACGCGUCUCUGCUUCGGCGCUCUCGCUCGAGCAGGCGGUCGUUACACGUCCUUGAACCCCUUCAGCGAGGCCGUAGCCGCGACACGGAAGGCGGUGCGCUGCGACUGGGUGAUGGGACCGGAGAUGAUUGGGGAGGAGGUGAGAUGGCCGGAGCCUCAUGGUCGCCCCGCGAAUCCGGGGCUCAAGGUCAGCGCUGCAGAAUGGGUACGAAUGCUACAGAUGCUGCUGGACCGCAAUCUGCUUCGCACACAUCCGCUGCUGGUCCGUGACUCCGGUCUGGAGGGGGUAUUGGAAGGAUUUGUCGAUCUUCGGGCGAAGAGGAUUUCGGGGCAGAAGCUAAUAUAUCUUUUAAAGUGA